AUGACGCGCGCCGCCGGCAUCGCCGACCUGCGGCGGCAGUUCCAUGCCUCGGAGCCGGAGGCGACGCUGCUCUACGAAUGGAACACCGGCGAGCCGAUCGUCCCGCGGCAGGGCGGGGACGGCUUCUGCCACUGGCUGCGCGACCGGCGCUGCUCGGUCUACACCGGCCGGCCGCUGAUCUGCUCCUUCUACCUGUGCAACUUCGGCGACCGGCUGUCGGCGCUGUUCGACGCGAUCGUGCGGCAGGGCGUGUGGCACAGCUAUGUCGCGGUGGGCUGGAUCGAUAGCGGCCUCGUCGCGCACAAUCCGUUCGUAUCGGUCAACGACCCGACACGGGCGUUGCUGGGGGGGCGUUCGACGUCGACGUCUCGCCACUCCUGGAGCGAAUGGCCGAUACGUGGUAGGCGUCUGGAAGCGCGAACGGACAAGGGUUGUUCCCACAUGACAUACGUUGCGACGCGUGCUUUGGCUCUGCUUCGAACUGGCGUUGCGGAUUCAGACGCAGAGUUCCGAACCGGCCAGGAAGAGGCCAUCCGGCACGUGGUGGAGGCGAACGGACGACUAUUGGUGGUCCAGAAGACCGGGUGGGGCAAGAGCUUCGUCUAUUUCAUUGCGACGAAACUGUUGCGCGAGCAGGGCAUGGGCCCCGCUUUGCUCGUCAGCCCAUUGCUGGCGCUGAUGAGAAACCAGAUCGACGCGGCGCAACGGAUGGGUGUCAGGGCCGAGACGAUCAAUUCGGACAACCAGCAAGGUUGGCGGGAGGUUGAGGCCUCAAUGCGCCGUAACGAGGUGGACAUACUACUCGUUUCCCCCGAACGGUUCGCCAACGAACGCUUCCGUGACGAGGUGUUGGCGGAAAUCGCCGACCGGAUCGCUCUGAUCGUGAUCGAUGAAGCGCACUGCAUCUCCGACUGGGGACAUGACUUCCGUCCCCACUAUCGGCUGAUCGAGCGCAUGCUUCAUAUAUUACCCCCCAACCUCCGGUUGCUGGCGACCACGGCGACGGCGAACGAUCGUGUGCUGCAGGACUUGGCGGAAAUUCUCGGUCCGAACCUGGAGAUCUCACGUGGCGACCUCAGCCGUUCGUCGCUCGCCUUGCAGACCAUUCGUAUGUCGAGUCAGGCCGAGCGGCUCGCUUGGUUGGCCGACCAGAUUCCGAAGUUUCCAGGCAGCGGGAUCGUGUACACUCUCACGGUUCGCGACGCUGAGCAGGUAGCCGGAUGGCUCAAGACUCGCGGAAUCGACGUGGAGGCCUACACCGGAAGGACGGGGGAUGGGCGGGCGGAGCUGGAACAGGCGUUGCUCGACAACAAACUCAAGGCGCUGGUGGCGACGACGGCGCUGGGUAUGGGGUUCGACAAGCCGGACCUCACCUUCGUCGUCCAUUACCAGACGCCGGGUUCCGUGGUCGCCUACUAUCAGCAGGUGGGGCGUGCCGGGCGGGCGCUGGAUGCCGCCUACGGAGUGCUGCUUAGCGGUGCCGAGGAGAUCGAGAUUACCGAUUACUUCAUAGAGAGCGCCUUUCCAACACGUGAUCAGGUCGCAGCGGUUCUCAGAGCGUUGGAGGCGGCACCCGAGGGUUUGUCGAUUCGCGAGUUGGAAUCGAAGGUUAAUGUCAGCAACGGCCGGAUACUGAAGACGAUUCAGCUACUCUCGCUGGAAUCGCCGGAGCACCGGUCGCAACGCUUGAUGGUAAGUGGCAGCUCACGGCUGUGA